UUUUUGGUAAACGGACUUAGUUUGAACUUCACGGGUCACCAGGUCUGUUGUAAGAUAUCAGCUAAUUGAAAACAAUGAUGACGGUGGCGCGAUUUCGUGUAUUGGUUAAAAUUAGACAUUAACACCGUCGGUUGCCGGCUCAGUGGUCUAAUGGUUAAGCGCUCGCGCGCGAGACUGAAAAGUCCUGGUUUCGAACCUCGUGGGAGAGGAAUCGUGGAUGCUCCCUGCUGUGGGGUAGCAUACUAGGACGAAACGGCUAUCCAGUGCUUCCGAGUUUUCCAUGAUUGUCUAGCUUCAAUUGACUCAUGAUUUCAACUUUUGAAAAUCAACUAGUUAAUUUCCCACCCCCCACAAAAACUACCUAUUUUCAGUAAAUUUUUUGAAUAUUUCGGAUAUUUUAUUUUUUUAUUCUUGUUGAUUUUACACAGUAAUCUACAUUUAUUUAUAUUUAUCUUCUCUAUUUAAUUAUCAUUCUAAAAAUAUUCGAUUUGAAGUAAGUUUUAACCCAUUUUUUGUUGUUGUUUUGUUAAUGCACAGUAGGAGGUCUACUAUUCACCUUAAUCAUUUUACAACUUGCUUGCUAUUAGAUGUAGCAAUAAAAUUAAGUUGUGUAUUUUGCUUCAUAAGAAAGUCAGUGAAAAGGCGUAAUGAUUAGAUAUUUUUCUAUCCCAUUUUUUUUAAAAUAACCAUUUACUAAUAGAUAGAUAGGUAUAUAAGAUUUCAUUAUUCUCUUAUUUCAUGUUUCCUACACAGUUCGUUUUUCUUUAUUAUAUUUUCUCAGUUUUCUUUUUUUUUUAAGGUCAGGACCAAACUGAAUAAAUUUAAAUAAAAGUAAUUAUCUCAAAAUGUUUGCUCAGUGAGAUUUUUUUUUUCAUUUUUGUUUAAGAAACUAGUCAUUCUUCUUUAGUAAAUUUUGGGGUUAAAGGUUAUCUUAAUCAAUAUAGAAUUUGUUUUCUAAAUCUAAACUAGAUGAGCAAACAUUUUGGCACAUCUUAAGGUCAGUUAGGAUUAGUGAAUAAUAUUGUUUUUGUUCAUUUUCUCAUGAUUUUAUUUUCUGUUUUUUUCUUUUGUUUUGACUAAAAAUUAGAUCGAAGAGAUUGUGAAUAACUUGGUAAAAUUUCCAGUUCAACUUCGUGAUAAAUGUAGUCAAUUAUCUCCUGGAUUUUUGUAUUAUGAUGAAUGUGAACAGGCAUGCGAUUCAGACCGCUUUUACAGUGACUGCACAAAAAUGUGCGAGUCUGGUGAUUCACCUAGCGGAUGGUCAUGUCUUACUGGUUGCCGAUCCUUAGACGCAGCAUUGAAGAGACGCUCUGGUGAUUGCCCCGAACAGAUUGGCCUUGCAAUUCACCGCAUACCAAAUUUAGUAUCUGUUAAAAACGAUGUUCAGAAUUAUCCAUCACAUGAGUCUUCCGAUUCUUCGCAGUUUAAUUUGGACAAACCCAUUUCUUUAACUGAAAAAGACAACGGAUUAAAAACCAAUAUGCUGGAGAAUUCUUGGUUUACACAUCAUAGCGGUGCAAUUAAUGAAAUCACCAGUUGCACAGUUGAUGCUGAAUGUCCACAAAAGCAAGAUAAAUGCUGUCAAUCACAAUGUAAACAAGCCUUAUUUAAUAAAGCAAUCUUGCCCCCGAUUCCAACAGUACGUAUUUUGGAAGAAAAACAUCCACCAUCUUUUCUUGUUUCUUGGAAUAAUAACGAAAUAGGAGUCAGUAAUCUCAGCUUACCAACUGUGUACGUACUACAAGUUAAAUCCUAUUUUGGCCCGGAAUAUGAUAACCGUAUGUCAAGUCCCUGGAAAACAUUAGUUGUGUCUACAUUAAAAGGUGCUCAACUAAGUGAUCCUGCUGUUGGUUGGUGGUACCAAUUUCAAGUGGCAGCAGUAAACCAGUGGGGUUCUCUUGGUUUUGAUACUCCAUCUCCACCUGUACAAUUGACAACUCUUCAACCUGCCCCUCCAUCACCUCCGAGAGACUUGGCCGACAAAUUAUUAACACUACAAGCUAAUGGAAAAAUAAGAGUUCAGAUUCACUGGAACAGUCCAGCAGCUACGGUAUUACCAGUUACUGAGUACAGGAUCUCUUGGGGUCCUGACUCUGCAAGUAUAGGUAAUAAUCAUGAAUUUACUGAAUAUCCUACUCAAUUUGUACAUACUGUUCCAUCUUCUCAAACAAACUAUCAGCUGACAAAUCUUCAUCCUGGGGUACUGUAUAGAAUUCAGGUGAUUGCAAUGUGUGAAUGGGGUUCAACUCAACUUAGAUCACAACCAAAUACUUUGUUUAUUCAUACUCCAAACGUAGAUUCAAUCCAAGAUCAAAGAGAAGAUUCUCUAACUGCUAACUUAAAAAAAUUUGAUACAAACGCUGUUCAAUAUCUGAAAAACAAGUAUUUGAAUCAUUAUGACGAGUCAUACUCUGAAGACCACCUUAACAAUAACCCAGGUAAAUCGGAUGUUUCUUUUGUUUGUAAUGGAACUAGUAAAAGUUUAGUAUUUAAAAGUUCAUUAACAUCUGAUUCAUCAAUUAAUCAUAUAAAUAUUAAAACUACAGAAUUAUCAAUGGAAACUGAUGUAGCUGUCUUUGAUGGACAUGGUUUAAUAACUGAACUCAAAAUAUAUGAAUAUGAUUUAAAACAAAUAUCUAAAACAGAGUUAAAUCAACAAACAAUGAGUUCACGUCCAUUAAUUGUUCGUUGGACGCCACAAGUUUGCAUUGAAACUGUCAUUGUCACUGGUAAUAAUAUAGAUGAAACAAAUUCCUUUCAGUCAGAAGCUUUAAUAGCCAAUAAUAUUGAUCAGUUUACUAAACCUUCAUAUUCUCAAAUAGAAAAUGCUGGACGACGUAAAGAAACACUGAAUUCAAAUGAAAAAUAUAUUUUAUUAAAUCCAGUAAAACAUGGAAUCAACAAUCAUGUUGACGGUAAAAGAUUCAAAAAGCCCAUUUUAAGACAUGCAACAUUACAAUUAACGAAUCUUAACUUUAAUUGUCGUUAUUUAAUUGAAUUAUUGUCUGAAAAACAAGAAUCAUCUAAACGAUCGGACAAAAAAAAUCAUCCUGUCUAUACAUCUGGGUAUAAUAUUGAACUUUCUGCAUGGUUGUGCACACCAGCAUGUUCCACAGUCAAAUUAGCUUCAUGGAUUAAAAAACCAAAGUGUCUAGGUACUACACAAGGUUAGUUGAUAGUCGAUUAUCUUUUAUAUGCAUUUUUUUCUUUUUCACUUUAUAAUGAGUUCAGAACAUAUCGAAAGCAGCUGAAUAUAUAAAAUACUGUAGGCUGCUCAAAGUUAGUCAUUUAGACCUUGUAUAUUUAGCGAACUUUUAUCAAGACUAAUAUUUUCUUAAAUGAGCGCAAAAUAUCCACUUGGUGAACUCAGAAAAAAACAGAUAUUUCUUCAUUGAGGCUCCGUUUCUUGUUUUAGUUGUACCAUCUAGAUAAAAAUGGCCACCUACAGAGAAUCAGUUAUCAUUUUGGAUUUAUACUGAAAUAAUUAGUUGGAAAGUCAUUACUUUAUGAAUGGUAGAGUAUGAAGUUCUGAUAAUCUGAUUCUGAACGCCAUGUAAUACUUAGCGUAAGAGCAACUGACUCGUUCUAGAAUUCAGUCUUAAAUAAUUCUUAAAGAGGAUACCAUUCGUAAGUAAAAGAUCUAUAAUAAGUUUUAAAGUAAAUGAAUUAAAAGGUACUUUUAUAACCCAAUAAAAUAUGGAUGAAAACGCCUAAAACGAAGCAAUUAGAAGAGAGGAAGAAAGGAUGCGAAAUUCAGGAGAAUGAUGCGUGACAAUUUGAUUUACACUUUAAAUACCUGAGCAGUAGCAAUAUUAGGAUCAAAACUUAUGUAUCUAGUGGAGGUGAAAUGUAUUCACUAUACUAAAUGAAACGAUUAAUUUAGAAAUUUCAUCUAACAUGGUACAUUUGAUCUAUUGAAGAUCAUGCUAUUAAAAAAAAACAACCUAAAUUAUUUGAUUACAAUAAAAAUGUCACAUUUAUUCACUAUAAACUUGAAUACAAACAUGUGUAUUAUACAGAGAAUUAACUUUAACUUGGAUAUAGUGACAUCAGCAUGAUCAGACUUAUUUAUAUGUAACAAAUACUUAAUCUGAUAAGGUGAAUCAACUCAAAGAAUGCCAAUUAUACCUUAAGAAAUGCUUUAUUUACCUGAAUUUCAAUUUUUCUACUAACUGGGAUGCUAUUAAAAAAUAUAAUUCACAUUGUUACAUUCUUGAAGCGAGAUUCACUUAAACAUUCGUUCACUUGAACUUGUUUUCGUAGAGAACGUAAGAUAAAAAGGGAUUGAAUAAGUGAUGUGUGAUUAGAUGGUGGUUGGAGCUAGUCGACAAAAAACCCUGGACCCGGGUUUCGUGCUACUUGGCACUCGUCAGCAAGGUGUAUCUGUAAACUUUAAGGGAACUGGUGCUCCCUGACAGAUUCGAUCCCGUGUCACCCAGCUUCACAGUCAGAGACGUUACCACUGAGCUAUCCGGGCGGCGACCGACCUCCUGUAGGACUGAGAUGUAAUCACAAUUGAUUGAUCACUGGGUGGUGACCAAUGUCAUGCGUGUCUAGUCCUUAUUAUUAGUGCAGAUCGAAUUCUAUCGACCAUGUUGUUGUAUAAGUGAUGUGUCCACUGAACAAAAUAAAACAUUUUUAUUUUGUCAUAGGUGAAUCUAUCUAAACUCUACAGAAUGUAAUUUGUUCCACUUAAAAUCUUACUAUACCUCUAAAAUGUAAUCAGUUUGUUUAAUGGAAAGUAUACGGUUUACAAACAACUAUUCACUGUUUAUGAUUUAAAAGUACAUCAACAUCAUUCACAUGUGAUAUAAACCUUAUAAACUUCGGAAAAAGUAUUUGUGGUAAUAUAUGUCUUUGUCUGAGAGUAAGUUAAUAGAAGUAGACAAAUAAAGUUCUUUUUUCAUAGAAGUAUUUAUUUUUCUGAACGUUACGUAAGGAAAACAAAAUAAGUAUCAUUUAGCAUCAAAACUUUAGUGAAAGAUAUAGACUAUUCUAACAUUCUGAUGUUGACUGUUGAGAUCUAGACUUUCAGAAGAAGACAACAUCUCAAAUGAGUAUGAAAUACUAUAUCUCACCACUUCUAUUAUUUUUAUCAUGGUUCAUUUGUAAAUGUUCCAAAAAUAUGAUAAUAUUUAGAUUGCUCAUAACUACUAUAUCUGUAUCUUAGUUUUAGAUAUUAUAACAGAACCAAAAAAUUUAUCUUAUAAACAAAUAUCUGUAACGCCAACGAUCAGUUAUAAUAUAUCUUGGAAGUCAGGUGUGCUUAUAUCAAGAUCUGGGAGUUAUCAACAAUUAAGUUCUCAUGAAAUCAACAAUGACAAGACAAGUAAAAUUAUUUUCCCAGUGCACCACAGGUGAGAUUUUUUAUCAAAAACGCUUAGGUUUUGUUGAUUUACAUAACACAUUAAUUAUUCUUAAUCUAAAAUAAAUCUCAACAUACUCAUAGAAUUCAUUUUGUACUGUUCAAGAUUGCUAUUGAUCAGUUUUUUAAUAGCAUAUGUGCAUACUGUUCGGAUUGCCUCGAUAUUGCUUUAAGUCAAAAGCAUUAUAAGCUAAAAGUGGAAUCCAUGGCUGGCGUUUCGUCCUUUUAGGGACUAAUCAGCUGAAUAUGUAUACAUCCCACAGUUGAUGUUCACUUCGUGACUCCAACUCAGUACCGUUAUCUUUAAACGUCAUCUCGUUAUCCACUUAGCUACUGAGUACUGAUGGCCAGUAACUUGUGUAAUGUGGUGAAGUUUUAAAUCAUUUCGUAUUGUUUGUUUGAAUCUUACAAACAGGAUGCAUAGAUACCAAUAAGAGACAGAUCAAUUAUACUCUUAAAAUGUUUAAAUAGAACUAAUAAUUUCUGCAUAAUUUCUCAUCACUUUUGAUUUUAUUUUGCUUUUCACUGAACAGUAAACGAUUGUAAAUAAAUGUUUCUAUUCAGGAAGAUUUUACAGUCGUUUUUUUUAAAAAUUAUAAGUACAGUAGUACUGCAUUCAUCUAUGGCUAUUAUUUUACACAAUGUAAAAGAUUACGCUAUAAUUCGAUGCUUACUAUCACUUCCAAUAAAGUAUAAAAUCUGUUUUGAGUAAGAAAAUAAACUUUAUUUAAUAUUUCAAUAAUGAUAAUUUAAAUGGUGCUACAUAUGCAACAUUCUCAAACUGUACUUGCUAAAUUUUUCGUUGACAUUAAGAGAUAUAACCAAAUAAAACUUAAUGUUUUCUAUCUAUAAACGAUAUUUAAAAAAAUACUUUAUUGAACGGGUUUUAUUGUAAAUAUUAUCUUUUUGAACUUUGAUUCUUUUCAUAUAUGUGCACUUGAGAUUGCACUCAAGAUUGAAAUUGUAACGUUCAUUAUCAUUGGGAUACUAAAUUAGAAUCCUAUCUAUUUGUUACAUAUCAAGAUAAUUAUUCACUAUCACUGGUUAAAAAAAACUCAUUCACUGUUGAUGGUAUUAAAAUCGGAUUACCAAGACUUAUCACUGUCAUGAAGCGACACACGUGUCAACAUGUGUUCAUUAAUUUUUUAACUGGUUUGUAAAAACUGGAUUAGUAUAUAUAUAACUACUAUUGUUUAUUAAUGGAAUAUAUCCUCCAGUUGAAACGUGUAGGAACUUGGGUGUGUAGUACUGUGCAGUAAUACACUGAAGAGUUGGCAUCUAGUAUACAAUAGUUUUGUAUCCGAAGUUGAUCCUUGAUACAAACCACCUUGAUAUAAAUAUUUUUUACUAUCUCAUUUAAUCAUAGUUACGUAAGAGCGCCGUAAACUUUGCAAGCCAUAAGUAUAAUAUUAAGACACUAAUUUAGUUGUUUGACUUAUCGCAAUAGAGAUAGACUGUCUGAUAUGUUUUUUUCAUUAUAGACGUUCUGACAAAAAAAAUAAACAUAAAUUCACAGUAACAUUUUUUUGACAUUCUGCUCAAUUACCAAAUAGACAUAAUUAUACAUCCAUUAUUUCAGGCUUGAAAUGAAUUGAUAAUGUAUUAGAUAAAUGAUUGUUACUGACAGACAUUUGAUUAAAUGAUAUAUAAGAGUGAAAUCGGCCGUUUCAAGUAUGACAAAUAUUUGCGCAUUGUCAGCUUUAACUAAAGAGUUUUUAAAAAAAAAAACAAAUUAUAGUAUCUCAUUAAUAGUGUACUGAGUUAUAAGCAACGUUUAACUAAACAUAAAGAUGUUAAAUACAAAUUCAUUGAUUUCUAAUUGAUCUACUUUCAUUUUUCAGAGUUAUAUGGGGACCAAGCCG